AUGGUUUGCCAAGAUUUAGUGAAAGGGUAUGAAAGGAGAGUUAAUUCUGCAGGGUGCUUGAUUAAGCUAGACCUUCAGAAGGCCUAUGACUCUGUUGAAUGGGACUUCAUUGAAAAAAUGAUGAUUGCCCUUAAUUUUCCUGUUCAGUUCACUCAAUUGGUGAUGCAAUGUGUGAGGUCUCCUAAAUUCUCUCUGUCCAUUAAUGGCUCUUUGCAUGGCUUCUUUGAAGGGAAAAGAGGGCUCAGGCAGGGUGAUCCUCUUUCUCCCUUACUUUUUGUUCUGUGUAUUGAGUAUCUAUCCAGAAUUCUGGUGUUGGUUGGUGAGAAGAAGACGUUCAAGUUUCAUCCCAGGUGUACUGAGAUCAAAUUGAAUCACAUGUGCUUUGCAGAUGAUAUCAUUUCUGUGCUGCAAGGGGGAAUUUAA